AAUUCCCAAUGCGGCAACUUAUUGAAGCUAUAAAACAGACUUUAGAAGACACUUCCAUUAUUAUUAUUUAUUAUUUCAUACUGUUUCUAAAUAAUAAGCAGCUUACUCAAGAGCUAAAUUUCAGCUGGUGUCAGUGAAAAUAGAUUUGUGAUUGCGAAGCUGAAGCCGGGUCACAUUGAAAUUUGGAGAGAGAGAAGAGCACAUGUUGAAGCCAUUGUUGCCAUUGUGUCGAGGUUUACCACAAUUGAUCUCAUUGGGAUUUAAAUCCUCAACCAUCAAUCAGCGCAAUAAUUCAACUGCAGGCUGCAAGAACAAGAUGACGGAUAAGAUAGCAUUGGAUGCAGCCAAGAAGCUAGCGGCAAUAACCGCGGUCGACCAGUGGGUCACCGAGGAGACAAAAGUGGUGGGCAUUGGCAGUGGAUCAACCGUUGUCUUUGCCGUCGAACGCAUUGCGGAACGUGUGUGGAAGGAUGGCGCCUUGGCGGACAUCAUCUGUGUGCCAUCAUCGUAUCAGGCACGUUUGCUGAUACUCGAUCAUAAUUUGACAUUGGGCGAUUUGGAUCGCCAUAGCAAAAUUGAUGUUUACAUCGAUGGUGCCGAUGAGGUGGACAAUGCCAUGGUGCUGAUUAAGGGCGGCGGCGGUUGCCUGCUGCAGGAGAAAAUUGUGGCAUCGUGUGCCAAGAAGAUGAUUGUCAUUGCCGAUUACACAAAGAAAUCACUGCGCCUCGGCGAACAGUGGUGCCGUGGCAUACCCAUCGAGGUAUCACCCCAGGCCCAUGUGCCAGUCAAACUGAAAAUCGAGGAGCUUUUCGGGGGACAUGCUGAGCUGCGUGUGGCAUUGAUGAAGGCCGGUCCCAUUGUCACCGACAAUGGCAACUUUCUGAUCGACUGGAAAUUUGUGGCGAAACGUGAAUACAACUGGGAUGAGGUGAAUCGCGCAAUAACCAUGAUACCGGGCGUCAUGGAGACGGGUCUAUUCGUUGACAUGGCAAUCAAAUGCUAUUUUGGCAUGGCUGACGGCACCGUCAAAGUCCAGAAUAAAUAAAUCACUGCCACUCCCCACAUUUGCAUCAUGUGAAAUAUCUUCAUCUCUAUUAACUCUAAAAAGGGGCUUGUAUUACAAAAUAAAUAACUAAAGGAUCAUUAAAUUUUUUUUACAAUAAA